AUGAACAAGCUGGCCCUCGACGCUAAAACACGCGAGCUUAAGCAGCGACUCCAAUCUAUGCAAAAGGACCGCUCUGCUCGCCCUGCGACCGCCACCAGCGAGAAUCUUACGGCUGCCAGCAGACCCCUAACCCCCAUGGUCGCGUCAACACCAAAGCCCCAGCAAGUUGAGAUCCCGAAACCUCAGUUUGUUCCUCAUACUGUUCCUGAGGUUCCUACCGAGACGUCCAUCUCGGCCGAUGAGAGUGAUAUUGCCGCUCUGAUCCGCUCUUUUUCUGAUCACGUCGAUCCCAUGCCAGGGAUUGUUCCUACACCGGCUUCCUCUACCAAACCGCAGAAUCAAAGCUCUGUCGCGAAUCAGGCCACUCCUGCACCGGCGUCGAAUCAUUCCUCUAUGCCUCCUCCUGGACUCGCAAAGGCCGUAAUCACAGCGCCCUCUACUCCGGUCGAGGAGGGUGAGAUUCCGAGCGACACUGAAGAGCCAGUUAAAGCAAAGGUCUACGAACGAUUUCAAGAGCGGUCGAAGCACCAAGUCUCUCAGGGAACUGACAAGACCCCGCGAUCCGGACCUAAUACUACCUCUAACAAGAAACAGUUCCCUCAAAAAGGCCCCGGUAAGCCUCAAACAGGCACCGACAAGGCCCUACGUACAAAUAACAGGCCUGAAUCCCAAAAUGCUCAGGCCAGGAAUGGGCCUACCGCUACCUCAUUGACUCCCGAAAAGGCCCUCGAGCGAGCCCUGGAGCUCAACCCGGACCUACGGGAAUGGCUGGUGCUAACUGAUUACCAUAACGUUGAAAUACGUACCAAAAAGAUCGAACGAUAUCGUAAGCUGAAAGCUCUGGCCGCAGAGAAGGAAAGAAUAGAAGCUGAGCAUGCUGCUCAAAGGGCCAGGCUAGAGGCCGAGCACCGCAAGUUGCUGGAGGAAGAGGGAUUGGACUUUGGCCUCGUCGCCACGCCGGUAGUCGACACUGCCCCGGCAACCACUAACAAACCAACUGAAGCUCCUAAGGCUGUAGUGCCCAAAAGGGAACGCGAGAGGUCCGUGGACAUGGCCGAUUAUCCUCCGGAGAAGAAGCAUCGGCCCGAAGAAAAUGGACCCCGGCCGAUGGACAUCGACAACGAGUAUGACGACCGUUACCGUGAACGUGGUCGGCCCGAGUAUCCUACCAAGCGUGCCCCAUCAUGGUCUCCGCGUCGUUAUCGCGCACCGUCACCUCGUCGCGACCACCGUCUAAGCCGUCCCGCCUCUCGAGACCGCGAAUAUCAACCCUCUCGGUUUUCUCCUCGGCCUCGGUCCCGCGAUCGUUCCGAUUUCAACAAGUACGACGGACGCCUUCUCCAUAAAUAUGACAACCGGAGUUAUCGUGGUGACGAUAAAGGCUUCUUUGACGAUCACCGUGGAGACAAAGCUCCUCGAGCCCAGUCACCCCGGCGACCUAGGGAUUUGGAGCAUGUUGAGCACUUCAAUACGGGCGAAAAGGGCGAUACCCGCUUUUUUGUUCUCAAGUCGUUUAACAACGAGAACUUGGACAAGGCCAUGGAAGACGGAAUCUGGGUCACCCAAACGUCCAACGAAGAAAAGUUCACCAAGGCCUACGAGACGUGCAGAAACGUCAUCUUUUUUUUCUCCGUAAACAAGAGCAAGGCUUUCCAGGGUUAUGCAUUGAUGACCAGUCUACCUUCGGCCGACAUCACCAAAGCAUCCUGGAUGAAGAACAUUCACUGGCAGACCUCCCCUCCCUUCCGUCUCAAAUGGCUCAGCAAAGUUGCCGUCCCCUUUUCCCGCAUCGGAUACCUCAAGAACCCGCUCAACGAGAACCUCUCUGUCCUAAUCGCCAAGGACGGUCAGGAAGUCGAGGAGGAUUGUGGCCGCGCCUUGCUGAGAGAGAUGGAAUCGUAUGCCGAGUGGGAAUCGAACAAAACAACAUUACCCUCCGGAAGUCGUCACCACAAUCAACAACAGCAACAACACGCACGCCGGGAAAGCGAUUCAGCGUCGGGCCUUAAUACCGCCUCGUGGUGGAACAACAAGAAGAAGCCGCACCAUAACAACAACAAUCACUGGAACCACCACCACCACAACAAGCGCGUGGAGGAUUACCACGAUAGGUCGUCUGCGCGUUAG